UGAGGUAGUUGUCGGUAGAUACUUUGGAAGUAAAAAUAGCAACCUUCGCAGGAUCGCUUUGUUUUUCCUUGGGUUUUGCAACUUUGUCAUGUGGGGACACAGCAUUGGAGAUACUGUCUGCCGUUACGAAAUCGAUAACUCUGCUAUUGUUGGUUAUCAGAUUUGGGAAUUCUUUGAUCCUAUAUUCGGAUCAGCAGUUGUGUUCUUUAGAAUAUUGUCUGGUUGUCUGUAUAUUUCACUUGCGGUUGCUUCCAGCGAUGCUCCAGAAGACCACAAAGCUGGGAAGCCCUAUCUUCGUUCUGGGUCUGUAGUUUCAAACAGUCCCAUUAAUGAAAACGAUAAAGCAAACAUUGUUGGUAUAACUGAAUUUAUGAUGAGCAAUCGAAAAGUCCGGAAACAAACUUUAACAAUUUUCAAUGAGCCCGGAGCCAUUGUGACAAACUUCUAUUACUCUGCACAAAAUGACCGCUUUCAUCGCAACAAUAUUCGAAGCUAUUACGGGUCGGUCGUCGCCAUUUUGUUUGUUGUCGUUCCUUUUGUUGCUUACGACGCACUCGCUCGUCAUGUCGGGAAGGAACAGGAAAGCCAACUGAAAUAUGCCGUGGAACUUGUCAUAAAUAUCUUAUUGAUUGGUUUGAACGGAUGGUUCAUCAUUUCGCGUGGAGGCUGUCCGAGUGCUGAGUGCAUAAAAGGAUUAUUUUGUUGUAAAAGGAAAGAUUUAAAUGAGACCAAGUCGACUACAGCAAAACAUGCAGAAUGUAAGAUACCAGACUGUACCAGUUCUCAAAAGUGUGGUAUUUGCAAAUGUUGCAAAGUUCAUCGCUGCAAAGGACUUUGCCGGUUUUUUCACAUAGUGCAGCACACUAACGUAGAAAUUCCUGUCUUUCUAACUUUCACUUUUUGUUCUGUUGCCUUUUACAUAGCAUUGGCAGUAGUUGAACACGGAGGUGAUCGCGCAACAGACAUUACUGGCAUCGUUGCAGUUAUUUUGCAGUCUGUGUUUGUCUUCUGGACAGCUCUCGUUCACAAUCCUCUAAAGUUAUUACGACGUGGAAAUCAUCAUCAUACCUGGAAUUCCGUCUUCCUAUCUUUAUUGUUUGCCACUACACUGGGGUCACUAACAGUUGACAUAGAGAGAGAGCAUUUGGAUCACGAUGUUCACGAUAAAUCGUAUCUUAGAGCGUUCGCACCGUUGCUGGUUGACUUCCGUGUUCAUGCUGCUAUUCUAACGUAUAGCGUGCUGUCAGAAUUUUUUCAGCAACGAUUUACGGAACAUGAAAUGGAAAAGAAAAAUAUUUUCAAACCAGUGAGUAAUGAGAGGUUAUUGGCAGACGAAUGUAAAUGUGAAAGACCGGGAUGCAAUGUGAUCUACUGCAAAGAGAAGGACGAAGUGUUUUGGAAAUGCACAGAAAAAACAUGUCAAUCUGAGAUGUACUGCAGCAAUUGCUAUAAGGAGUUGAUCGUAAAAGUGGGCUUUUGCACCAAAUGCGGGGACCCAGCAACGUGUAAGUCUAGCGCAAAUUCACGCGACGACAACGACAAUAACGAUUCCACUCAUGCUAAUUCAGUGCAAAGGAUUGAGCAUCAAGAAGUGAACAACAACGAGGAACAAGCUUAGAAUGUUUAAGGGAAGGAAUGUUUGACUGUUACAAUGAAUGCUCACCUAAUGUUAUUUCCUACUUUAAAGUGCAUUGCAGCGCAUAGAGUUAGCGCGUAAUUUUAACCCGUCUUAUAGCUAAGGCAAUUAACCGAUAAACAUGACCUUGCUUUGCUAGUUGGAAUUUGAACUGCUGUUUAGCUUACCAGCAACAUUUUAGUUAUACAUGCACUGUUAGCGCAAUUAGUAAACAUUUAGUCGUCUUUGAAUGGCCUGCAAUACAUGCUAAAUGCUCUGUUCGCUCUGUUCUACACGCAAGUAUGUGCAAGAACAAAAAUAAGUUACA